UAGACUCCCCUGUCAUAAGUGAAUGAAAAGUUCGCAAUUUUAUCAUUGAUCUUCCCUACUCUCUUUAAAAAACAAAAAGGAAACCAAAAGAUGAUAGAAUCAGGGAGCAGUAUGAAAUUUAAUAUUUUAGGCUAAAGGAAUUCGUUAAUUCUGAUUAACUAGUUUAUUGUUGGUAUUACUAUUACUAUUAGUAUUAGUUAGAACAAUAGAAUGAAUGGGCGGGGUAGCGUCUCCGUGUGGCGUACCCUUCAUAUUCAUGAAUGAGCCUGAGGCCAUUGAGGUUGAACUUGAAAUAUUUUAUGCCAAAAGCCAAUGCUGUUAGAAAGAGUAGUAUGUCUAACUCUAAGUCAACGUAUGAGAAACUCAAGUUUGACGUGUACGUUUACAAUGGAUUGGGAGCAAAUGAACACGGAUGCAAUCAGCUUUUACAGGCAUUGCAUACUUGUCUGGAUAGUGAGAAACAUGACGUCAUACAAUUUAUUAGUCCUGAGGAAAUCAUUAAUGGUAAAAGAUUAUUACAAAAACCUACAAUUAAUUAUUAUUCAAUAAGCAAGCAGGCCUGGAAAGCUAAAAUUUUACUAACAUGCGAUUUAACUAUCUAAAUUGACCUCUGUAUUUAGACUCUAUAAUUUAUGUAUGAUUAAAAUUACUAGAAUAAAUGCAGGCUAUCAUAGUCACGUCACGUCCUUGUCUCUAAUAGUAUAUAAUAUAUGUACCCUUGUUUUAUCCCCAUCAGGCAUAAAGUCAUUAACGAUACUUAAUACUAGAAUAGGGAUUGCAAAAAUUAACCUAGUUUCAAAUGCAUUACUUUAUCCAACUAAAAUAGUAUCUGUAAAAUGAUAAUGAUUUUUACCCACUUAUUUUUAUCCUUGCUUUUAUUUCAAGUCUGUAGACUAGAAUGUAAUAAAAAUGUAUAUUUAACAAAUUUUUGCAUUUUAAAAAUAUUUGAAAAAAAAAAAUUUUUUAAACAUAUAAAGGUUAUUGAAUGUGUUGUUGAGGUUUUAAGACAGUGAGUAAGGUAACAAUGUUUGAAGCAAAAGAAAACCUACUCAUAAAUUCAUUGUACAUCUUAUUUGACUAUUGGAGCCUGGGGACCGAGGACCAAGAGUGGGGGUAAACAUAUUUAUAAGGAUUUGUUCCAGUCAUAUAAAUAAUAAAUUUAUUAUUACCUGAAAUCAAAAUUAGUUAUUGACCGAUUCUUUCUCAUUUUUGGGUGGUUUGUUAUUGUCACAUUUAUUCAUCAAUUUUCUUAGGUUCUAAGUUGAAAGGUGCUGCCUUAAUUGCCUUUGGGUCUGGCUAUACGACUGGCUUUGCCUCAGCUCUAGGAGAAAUAGGCUUGAGGAAUCUGAGAGAUUAUGUUCUCUCAGGUGGCUCUUAUCUUGGCUUAGGUGCAGGCGGAUACUUUGGCUGUGAUUUUAUUGAAUUUGACAAAGAAGGUCCCUUGGAGAAAUUAUCAGAAAGGGAAUUAAGAUUUUUUCCAGGUACCAAUAAUUUAAACAGAUCAGUUUAUCUCAGAAGUGGAUUCAACUACGAACUUUAUUUAUUUGUGGUAGAUAAUAAUUAUUUAUUCAACUCAGGAUUUUAUUUAUUUCUUGGUUAUUUGCAAUACAAAUAAAACCCAUGACGUGAACUUUCCACUGCCAAGGUUCAGAAUUUUCCCCACUAAUUUCAGCGUUAAUGAAUUAAUGUAAUUUGGAAUAAUAGUAUUUAAAAAGAAAAUUAAUUUGAAGAUUAAGUGUAAUGAUUUAAAAAAAUAAAAACUUGCUACUUGUUUGCCAUGUACCAAAUUUCAUCACAAAGAUUUUUAACAAUGAUCUUCUUUAUAUUUAAAAGUGAGGAAAUAAUUUAUUUAUUCACUAAUAAUAUUCACUUUUUAAGUUGAUCCUUCAAGAUUUACAUUUCUUUUAUUUCAGGUAUUGGUAGAGGACCUGUGUAUCCUGGCUUUCAAUAUGGUACAAACAAAGGACUUUGUGCAACAUUUGUCACAUUUCACACAGACACUUUCAGUAGGUCUUUUCAUUGUAUGAUUGAUGGGGGUGGUGCUUUCUAUCCUAGCGACCCACCAAAGCCAGGAAGCAAUGUUAAAACUGUGUUAAAUGUAGCUGUAUUUGCUGCAGUUCCAGAGACACCUUCAGCUAUAGUCUACACCAUGGUCGGUGCUGGUCGAACUGUAUUGUCUGGUGUACAUUUGGAAUAUGAUGUCAGCUCUUUGAUAAAAUCUGAUCCGAGCCUUGAACACUUGCAAGAAACUUUUAAUGCCAGCAGACAGAAUCAAAUUAACGCCUUCAAAUCACUUGUGCAAUUGUUGACUUUAAAUGUUGCCUGAAUUGUGAUAAGUAUCUUACAACUCCUGACAUUUGACCUUCUGUGUUGACAUUGGUAAACAUUUCAUGUCAUUUAUACUGUUGACCUCUAGAAAGAUAGGUGUGUGGUGCAUCUUUGAUGAUUUCUUUAAUAGAAUGUGUAAGCUUAUGAGUAAUUUCUUGAUGUUUUCCAGCUGCUGGAUUCACCAUUGCAACAGGUAAUUAAUUUAAAAUUUUGCUUUAAGCUGUUACAUGAUAUGGUUCAAAAUAAGUCAUUUGAGACAACAUUAAACUUAAGAUUUUUUUAAAGUCGAGAAUGUGAUACACAUUAUUUUCAAGACAAUAUUUCCCCCAAAUCUUUAGCUUUCUGUAUCUUCAUUUUGAUUAUUUACUUGGCUAUCAAGGUUUUAAAAAAAUUAACCUAUCAAGACCAUUAAAUAUUACAAACUACACUGACUGCUUUGAAUAGCUCUUACAUAACAGGUUUCCAUUGAUCUAAGAGCAAUAUUACUACUAAAGCUUAUUAAAAUAUUGAUUAUACCAAUUCUUACAGCUGUUUAUUUCUUAUUUUUCUGAAAAUAAAAUUAACUAUAGAUUAUGGAUUUCAUCAUUGGAUAGAAUUCUAACCACAAAACGUAUGUAGUCUUGCCAAUUAAAAUUUGUAAUACAAGUCAUUCUUUGGGCAGCCAGAAAAGGUUAGCAGACCAAGGCCCUCUGUUUUAUAUACAGGAAUGAAAGAAAUUAAAAAUGAUUCCAAGCAGAUAAAACAGGCUGUCACAACUCACUGUCCAUUAAAUGAAAGCACAACAGAAUCAAAGCUUAGGUCAAUGUUUAUUUGCAGUAAUUAUAAAGAAUGCAUUAUAGUUGAUACAAAAAUAAGAAUUGAUAGGAUUGACAAACUACAUGUGAUGACAACAAACAUUGCUGCUAAUUUGUGCUUCUGCUUUCAAACACUUGAUCUUUCCAAACUGAAUGGACCAAAACAAGUUAUGUUAACAAGUUGUUUGCUUCUAUCAUCCACAGCUAAUUGAUUUAUAAAAAUAGCCUUUUUAAAAUAUUCUUUAAGAAAUACAAUUGCAAACAAAUAUUUGAAAUUUCAUUCAGUGCAUGAGAUCUUAAAUGUAUCAUGACAAAAACUGGAUGUCAAAAUGGAGCAUGCAAGUACAGAAAUAUGAACACAAAAAAUAAACAAAAGAGCAGCCUCUUGCCAUCUGGGAAUUUUUGAUUAUGCAGAUUGAGGUGAGAGCUCUGAGCAAGAUUUGACUCAAAUGAUUGAAAGAUGUGAGAGCUCUGAGCAAGAUUUGACUCAAAUGAUUGAAAGAUGAAUCAUUACAGGUGUGAAACAAGCAAAACAAAACAAAAGAAUGGUACAUUUUUUACUAAACUUAAAUUUCAAGUGUACAUUAAAAAGAAAUAAAAAAUUAUUUUAAAAUGGGUGAACCCUUUUUUUCACUCAGUAUGACUGUCUCAGGAACUUACAUAGAGUUUACUACCCAACAUUUUCCAGAUAACCAUUAAUGGCAGCAGCAGCAACAAUCUGCCCAUAAAACCUUGAACACAAGCUCAUCCCUAGCCCUGCGCUCAACCUGUUCUUGCACCCAUCUCAGCAUUCACAGAGCUUUACAACAUAGGGUCACCCUCCUCACAUCUUGUUGGUUAUAUUUAAAAAAAUAAACAGUACAUUGAAAAGGAUAAGUGCAAUAAAUGGAUUUUCCUGAUAUGAUGAGCAUCAGCCAUACUAAAGCUAAGCUAGUAUUGCUAUAAUUAAGAAAUCUGUAAUCAUGUUUCUCACCAAACAAAACUUGGUAUACAAGUCAAACCUUUUCUGGUUUUGAAAUUUGUUAGUUGUUAAAAUCUGCGCAGCACCCAUCCCAGAUUGUCCCUAAAAUAAUACACAUUAAAGUGUAUGUGUAUUAUAUACACAAGUACAUUGUUAGCUGAAGAAAUAAAGUAAUAUGGAAGUACAAAAUAAAAUUAUGCUGUAUGGAUCAAUCUUUAGUUUAUAAUUUAAAAACAAAAAACAUCAUAACAGGAGAGCCAGGCAUGACUGUCUUGUGUGACGGCAGUGCCCACGAGUACCUGGCUGCCUACACUUGUGCCAGGAACUGUCUACCAUCUUCCCCAAGCAGCUAAUGCAUCAAAAUUCAACAUCAUAAGAUAAAGACUUAAAUAAUAUGAUGAUGAACAAAAUGCUAGAAAAGAAAAAAAAUAUAAAAGCUGAACCAACUAUUUGCCACCAAAAGAACUUCAGGUGUCUUUGGUCAAUAAAAAACCCCCAAUAAUUUAUAAAAAUAUACCAGACAACACUUAAAGAGGUACAGUCAUACUGAUACUCUCCAUAACGUUAGAGUAAAAAAAAACCAACAGAACAUUUGAAGGGACUUUGGAUUUAAGCACUCAAUCAAAAGGCACCUCUUUGGAUUUUGAUUUUAUUUCUCUUUUUUUUUAUUAUAAAGAACAAAAAUAUUUUGACUUUU